UUAGAUUUAAGAGUAGGGUUUCACUUUUACUACGAAUAUGGAAAAAGUAAAACUGUUUUAUCAUGCAACUACUUCUGCAAUGAAGCCUAAAAUCCUAAGUGCAAAGGCGCUGACUCCACAGAUCCACAAGCCAUCGUCUGACUGGAUGUGGCUUUUGGAUCCCAAACACAAGGAUACGAUUCCAAAAGGAGUCUGGUUCUGUUCUACACUAUACAACGGCGAUUUGCCGAACAUAUCUCCGUAUGGAAAAGAGCGUAUGAAGAUCUCCAUCAAAAGCGUAAUCAGCCAGCUUGGGGGCAAGAUAAGCCUAUACCAUGGUAAGGAUUCAACCGUCAAAACAAACAAGUAUGUUCGACUUAUGGUCGUAAAGGAAGGAGACAAGUUUGAUUGCCUGAAGCACAUGGAAAAGCUUGAUCCUAAAGAUAACAACUGGCUGAAGUUUAUUUCGGACACAGAGUGUCAGGUUGCGAAACGACCAAACUGGGUGGAAGUGUUUUGCCCCUAUACUAUUGAUAUCAAGGAUGGCGAUUGGGAUACCGUUGAAUAGUUUCCUGUGCUACAAGAUGGAUUGCCUCUCAGAUAUUUCGAAACGGAUGACAUUAUAUUUGAAAAGCGGAUUAUUCAAGACACAAUAUUUAUACUUAUAUCUAUACAGUAAUAUAUUGCAACAUAAAUAUGUCAAUUUAACCAACAUUAAUUAACGUUUAUAUUUAUAGGUUCGCAUUACUAAUAUAAUUUGUGUAUUGUUUUAUACACGUUUUUAGAAAUGUAAUUAGGUUUGUUAAGUUGUUUUAUGGACACAAAUAACUGCCGAUUGCAUAUGAUCCGGUUAUCUCCCAACAAAAGUGAUGUUUAGCUUAAGACUGUUUCUGACCGCUACCUUCUUGUGACCUUCUGCUAAAGAUAUGACGUCAUAUAGUGUUAACAACAUACAGACUAUUUUUUAUCAACUUAAAUCCAUUAAAUAUACAUAUUACAGUUUAUAACUAAUUUUCAUACAAGUGCACCACGCGUCCUUUACUUUACUGUUAUAUACUACCGUGUUAAUAUUUAUUUCAAAUAAAAUUGUUUCUUCACUUUCAAGUGUU